UGCCAACGCGCUCUUGUUUCACAUUUGCUUAGUGUUAUUUCUUAUAUUAAUAAAAACAAAUAACUUAAAAUGUCGCAUUUAUCGCACAUACUUCCACAGCCGCAGCCGCAGGCACAAGCGACAACUUCAGGCGCGUCUGCCGGCACUUCACGCACCAUGUCGCUGAUGGAGAAGCAAAAAUACAUAGAGGACUACGACUUUCCCUACUGCGAUGAAAGCAGCAAAUAUGAAAAAGUGGCAAAAAUAGGACAAGGCACAUUUGGCGAGGUAUUCAAAGCACGUGAGAAGAAGAGCAACAAAAAAUUUGUUGCUAUGAAAAAGGUGCUCAUGGACAAUGAAAAGGAAGGCUUCCCAAUAACAGCACUGCGAGAAAUACGCAUUUUGCAGCUUUUAAAACACGAGAAUGUUGUAAAUCUGAUUGAAAUCUGUCGCACAAAGGCCACUGUACAUAAUGGUUACAGAUCAACAUUUUAUUUGGUAUUUGAUUUUUGCGAACAUGAUCUAGCCGGACUGCUCUCCAAUAUGAAUGUAAAGUUCAGUCUAGGGGAGAUCAAAAAAGUCAUGCAGCAGCUGCUGAAUGGACUCUACUAUAUACACAGCAACAAGAUCCUACAUCGAGAUAUGAAAGCGGCAAAUGUGCUGAUAACCAAACAUGGAAUUUUAAAAUUGGCAGAUUUUGGCUUGGCUCGCGCUUUCAGUAUUCCGAAAAACGAUUCCAAAAACCGCUAUACAAACCGUGUGGUUACGCUUUGGUAUCGUCCCCCGGAGCUGCUGCUGGGUGAUCGCAAUUAUGGUCCGCCUGUAGAUAUGUGGGGCGCUGGUUGUAUAAUGGCUGAGAUGUGGACACGUUCUCCCAUUAUGCAAGGCAAUACGGAGCAGCAACAGUUGACAUUCAUUUCACAGCUUUGCGGCUCCUUCACGCCGGACGUCUGGCCCGGCGUGGAGGAGCUGGAACUUUACAAGUCCAUAGAGCUUCCCAAGAAUCAGAAACGCCGCGUUAAAGAACGUCUACGUCCGUAUGUAAAAGAUCCUACAGGUUGCGAUUUGUUGGACAAACUGCUUACGCUCGAUCCGAAGAAGCGCAUCGAUGCGGACACUGCACUGAACCAUGACUUUUUCUGGACGGAUCCCAUGCCAAGUGAUUUGAGCAAGAUGUUGUCACAGCAUUUGCAGAGUAUGUUUGAAUACUUGGCACAGCCACGUCGCAGCAACCAGAUGCGCAACUAUCAUCAGCAGCUAACCACGAUGAACCAGAAGCCGCAGGAUAACAGUAUGAUUGACAGAGUUUGGUAGAUUUAGCCGUAAGUUAGUCCAUAGAUUAGGUAUGAACCAUAUGAUUAAAAACAAUGGAUAUAAAUUGUAUACAUAUUGCCACAUACAAUGAAUACCAACAAACUCAAUAUCAAGUAACAUAUAUGAGAAUAUGACAAAGUGCAUCUAAAGCCAAUUAAAUGUCAUUUAAACGAUAAUUUAAUAUCUUUGGUUCUGACUUUGGCUUUAAGUUUUCUAUUUCCAACCGAGUUAAAACAGCUUGCGUAGCUAUUCUCGGGUCGCGUGGAUGAAAACGCUUGAUCACAGCAAAUAAAAUUUCUCCAACACAAACAU